AUGAAGAAAAAUCCAAAAAAUACUGAAGAGCUCACGGAUUUGCCUCAUAUUGACAAUUCAGAUAAUUGUAUGAAAAUGAACAAUAUAAAAAAUGACGACAAUGGAAAUAAUAAUUAUGGGAAAUCAGAUAAUACAAAUGAAACAAAUAUUAAUGAUACUUCAAGUUACAACAAGUAUGGGAAUAAUUUCUUAAGUUACAAUGGAAAUUAUGGUUCGAAUAAAAUGUACAAUAAUCAGAAUAUGAACAAUAGAUAUUACAAUAAGAUACAUUUUAAUGAAGAGAAUUACGAGUAUUUUGGAAGGAGUAGAAAUUACAAAAAUAGCAAUAAUAAUAGUAAUUAUAACAACAACAAUAAUAAUAAUUAUAAUUACUAUAACCAUAAUAAUAAUAGUAAUAAUAACAAUAAUAAUAAUAGCAGUGGUAUAAAUAUGAGUAAUAAUUAUCAUGAUGGGGAUUAUGUGAAAUAUAACAAAAAGGGAAGCACUAUUCAUAACAGAUAUAAUAAUAUAUAUACAACAAGUACUACCCAUAACACCUAUAAUAAUAAUAAUAAUAAUAAUAAUAAUAAUAAUAAUAAUAAUAAUAAUAAUAACAAUAGUAGUAGUAGUCAAAAUUGUCAUAUUUCUAAUAAUAAUAUAAGUGGCAAUAAUUACCAUUAUUAUAAUCCAUAUAAUUAUUAUAAUGGUUGUACAAGUAUAGACAAUGAGUUUAAUGAAAAAGACCAUAAACAGAUAUCGUCAAAAAAGAUGUCUAAUAGUGUGACAACAGGAAGAAGUGAAUAUACUAUUGAGAGUAAAGAAUAUCAAGGUAAUGAUAUGAAUAAAAAAAAAAAUGAAUUCAAUAAGAAUGAUACAUGUACAAAUGAUAUGAAGACAAAUGAUAUACGUCCAAUGAACAAAGAUCAGAAUAUGAAAAAAAACAUAAGAAUUAAUAAAAAUUAUUUUCCCAAAGGAAUUGCUUCACCCAUAAAUAAUGGUAAUACAAAUGAUACAUAUAUAAGAGAUGAUACUGUAGUAAAUACAUACGAAGAAAGUUUUACAAUAAAAAAUAAGAAAAAAAAUUAUUAUAGAUAUCAAAAUAAUUAUAAAAAUAACAAUUCAAACCAUUUCUAUAAUUCGUUGAAUAUGAAAUUGGUUAAUUAUGGAAAUUUUGGUUACAAUAACAAUAAUCAUUAUAACAACAAUUAUAAUAAUAAUAGUAAUAAUUAUUAUCAUAAUAAUAAUAAUUAUCAUAAUAACCAUAGAGUUAACAUACAUAUGAGUUACAAAAAUAAGAACAACUCCAUGAAUAAUUAUUAUCCAUAUAAUAAUUAUAUUGAUGCAAAGGAAAAUGAUACUAUGCAAAAAGGUACUUCCAGUCGUAAUAUCAUUUAUGAUAAUAAAAAUGACGAUACAAAUUUUAACUGUUUUGGAAAGGAUAAAUAUGGAAACAAAAAAAAUGAAAUUGAUAAAAAACAAAAUGAAAGUGUUGCUGUUUAUGAUAAGAAUAGCAAUAAGGAAGACCAUAAGGAUGACAAUAAAAAUAAUAGUAGUAAUGAUAAUAUACCUAAAAUUAAUAAUAGUGAUAAUUGUAAUUCAACUAGUGAAGAUAUAAUAAAGACAAAUAAUGAAGAAAAUAAUACAUGUAUAUCACCCCAAAAUAAUAGUGUUGUUGAAUUUAAUAAUACAAACAUGGAAGAAAAUGUUUCUUAUGCAAAUAAUGAUAAUACAUCAAAAGAUAUUAUUAUGGAUAAUAUAUGUGAUACAUAUAAAAACGAAAGUAAAUCUUUUGAAAAAAAUAUAUAUAGUACUAUAUAUAAUGAUAAGGAAAAGAUAAAUCAUGAUGGUGAUAUGGUCACGGAAAAGGAUAAUUCAGAUAUAAUAUAUAAAGAAAUAGAAAACAAUUAUUAUAAAAAAAAUAGUAAUGAUAAAAAGAAGGAUGAUAAUAAUAUAGGUAAUGUUAAGGCUUAUCCUAGUUUGUAUGAUACAUUUGAUAAUAAUGAUAAGAGAGAUGAUGAAAAUGGAAUGACAGAAAUAAAAGGAGGGGAGGAAAAUUUAGAUAUAAAAAAAAUCUCCAAUAAAAAUAGUAUGGAUAAAAAUAAUGUAUCCUAUUUGGAGAAUGAGCAAUAUUUGAAAUGUAAAAUUGGAGAGGUAAAGAAUAAAAAUGAAGAAGUUAAGUCAUCCGAAUAUAAUAAUAAUAAUAAUUAUAAUAAUAAUUAUAAUUAUAAUAAUAAUAGUCAUAAUAAUUAUAAUAAUAAUUAUUAUUAUUAUCAUAAUAAUGUUAAUGAUUAUGAUGAUUAUUACGACAUCAAUGAUAAUAAUAAUUUGUUUAAGGAUGAAAAUUUUGAUUAUACACCAAAUAAUAAAUAUUUUAAAUAUAACAAUAGGAAUAAUAUAAAAAAUGACCACUUAUCCAAAUCACAUAUACAAAGUAAUAUGAAUUAUAAUAAUAUGAACAGCUCUUAUAAUUAUACUAGUGGAAAUAUUUUACAUUCUGAAGGAAAUAAAGAAUUAUCAUAUGAAAAGAAUUAUUAUUCAUUUUCAAAAAAUGAGACUUUUAAGAAAAAGGGUUUAAAUAAAAAUUACACAAAUGUGUAUAGUUUUAAUUACAGUAAUAAGAGUGGGAAAAAUAUGAAGAAUCAGAACUAUGCCUAUAAUAAUUUUAACUCAGGAUAUCAAAGAAGUAAUGUGUCAAAGGAUAAUAAAUAUAAUGAUAAUGAGGGAAAUAAUAUGUAUGGAAAUGAUGACAAUAAUCAUAAGGGAAACACAACUCAAAAUAAUGAUAUUAUAAAUGAUAAAAUGGGGGAUAAUAGGAAAAUAAAAAAUGAAAAAUAUGAAGAUAAAGAAAAAUAUGAAGAUAAAGAAAAAUAUGAAGAUAAAGAAAAAUGUGAAGAUAAAGAAAAAUGUGAAGAUAAAGAAAAAUAUGAAGAUAAAGAAAAAUAUGAAGAUACAGAAAAAUAUGAAGAUAAAGAAAAAUAUGAAGAUAAAGAAAAAUAUGAAGAUAAAGAAAAAUAUGAAGAUACAGAAAAAGAUCAAAAUAUAGACAAAGAUAAAAAUAUAGACAACGAUCAAUGUCAAUAUCAAUAUCAAGAUCAAAAUAUAGACAAUGAUCAAGGUCAAGAUAGCAUUAUUAAAAAUAACAAUAUAAUAAGUAUAGAGGAUGAUAAAAAAGAAUGUGAUAUAUAUUAUCAUAGAGAUAACAAUAUUAUUAAUUAUGACAAAACCGAUAACAACUGUGAUAUUCAAUAUAUUUCGAAUUCACAAAAUGAUGAACCUAACAUAACUAUUGAAAAUAAAGAGGAGAAAAAUCUCACUACUGAUAUAACAAAUUGUGAUGGUUCAACUAUUACAAAUAAUAAAAAUUACACUUAUAAUAAUUAUACAAAUGAAGAAAAAAAUAGGAUUAGAAAUAAUUGCCAAGGUGUAAUAAAUAUGAUACCUGACAAUGACAACAUAAAUCAUCAUCCCAUUUCAAAAAAACGAUUUGGUUAUUAUAAAGAUAAAAAUUUCUUUUAUAAUAAAAAUGUAGAGGCAGAUAAUAAUGUACGCAAUUAUGUGGAUCAUGCACCUAUACAUAUUUCUACAUAUAAUGAUUCCUACAAAACAAAUUUCCAAAGAAAAAAGGAUUAUAAUAGUUAUGAUAUGACAAUGCCUUAUAAAAAGGAUAGUAAAUAUUAUAAGAAGAAAGGGAAAUUAGAGAGGAGAAUUAAAGAACAUAAUUGUUAUAGCUCUAUAGUAGGAGAAAAUGAAAGAAAUAAAAUAAUUGAUACCAUUGGUUUAACAACAUCAAAUGGAUAUAUCAACCAUAAUAAUCAAAAUGUACAAAAUGUACAAAAUGUACAAAAUGUACAAAAUGUGCAAAAUGUACAAAAUGUGCAAAAUAUUCAAAAUUUUAAGAAUAUAUCAAAUAUUCAAAAUGUGCAAGAUAUGCCAAACAUUUCAAAAUUCCCCAACAUGCCCAAUAUAUCUAACAUUUCUAAUGGGUCCAAUAUUCCAAACAUGUAUAAUGUUCAGAACAUUCCUCAUGUUAAAGGACAAGACCAAUUUUGUAAUUCUACAUAUGGUCGAAGCAAUAAAGAAAGAAAAGCUAUCAUAUCGUCUAAUUCAACUACCAAUGUAACCUUUGACACAAAAAAGAAGGCUACACAAAAUACAUGGGUUAUUGACCAUAUAAACAAUGAAGAAGAGGAACAAAUGAAUAAUAUAACUUCCAUUUCAAACACAACAAUGAAUUGUUACAAAUCCGAAUUUUCAUGUUAUAAAGAUAAUUAUAAAUACAAAAAACAUUCAACUCAUAUUUCUACACCCAAUUAUUCAAUGAACAAAGAUAACGGUGUAAUAAACGUAAUAAGUUCUGGUGAUAAAUUAAUAAAAAAUGAAUACAUGUAUAAUGAAGAAAAAGGAAGAAAGCGAGGAAACAAAAUUAAUAAUAAGACGAACUGGCAAAAAAAAGGAUUAAUAUUAGAGAAACAUAGGGAGAAAAUAAAUGUAGUAUUAAAUGAAGAAAUGAAUAUUCCGAAUGUGGUGAAUUGUACUAAUACAUCAACUGAAUUAAAUGUUGCAAAGGAAUCUCAAAUGUAUGACGAAUUGAAACAAAAGAAAAAAAACAAAAAGAAAAUAGAAGAAUUGUAUUGUAUGAAGAAACCAAUAGAUUUGUUGCAUGUAAGAUCAAAAUCUGAAAAUCUACAUUGCAGGAAAAAUAGUUUUAAGAACUUGGAAAUUUCUAUGACGAAACCGCAUAUGCAACAUUUUGAACAGUCCAUAAAUAUGGAAGGGUUUAGAUGUAUAUUGAGUAAAAUAAUGAUUAAUUAUGAAGGUGAAAUGAUAGUGGAUGAUCAAGAGGAAGAGGAAAAUAAACGUGAACAUGAACAUGGAAAUGAACAUGGAAAUGAAUAUGGAAAUGAACAUGAAAAUGAACAUGAAAAUGAACAUGAAAAAAAACAUGAAAAUAAACAUGAAAAUGAACAUGAAAAUAAACAUGAAAAUAAACAUGAAAAUAAACAUGAAAAUAAACAUGAAAAUAAACAUGAAAAUAACCCUGAAAAUAAACAUGAUAAAGAAGACAACGUUAUUGAGAAGAAAGAUGAAGAUGAAAAAAAAAACGAAAAGGAUCAUAAAGAAGAAGAAAAUGAAAUUAAUAACAUCAAAGAAGAACCAAAAGAUGAUUCAAAUAACAAUGUAUGCAACGAAUCUAAUGUCAUACAUCAUGAUAAACUUAAGAACAAUGAAACAAUUUCUACAAAUUUUUGUGAUUGUUCUAUGAUUAAAAAUGACGAUUCUUUUGGUGAUUGUGUUAUAUCUAAUAGCUGCGUAUACAAAGAAAAUGAUAUAAAUAGAAAUAGUUGUAUAAAUAAAAUGAAACAAUUGAAGGAUGAUAAUAUAAAAAAGGAUAAUGGUAUGGAAGAAAAGUAUAUGAACAAUAUGAACACAAAUACUAUAGAUAGCAUACAUUUUGAUAGUAUUCAUAUUGAUAGUUUACAUAUUGAUAACUUACAUAUUGAUAAUAUAAAUAUUAAUACUACUAAUAACAUAUAUAAAAAUGGUGAUAUAACUAAUAACAACAGAAAUACAGGCGAUAUGAAUAGGGUUCUUUUUAAUUCGAGAGAAAACAUUACUGAUGACUAUAGUAUGAAAACUCAAAACACAUUUCUUUGUAUAUAUGAUGAAAAUAAUCAAGAAAUUUUUGAUAAAAAAAAUAAAAAGAAAAAAGGGGUUUACCAAAAAAAUGAUUUAAGUAGUGAUAUUAUUUUAAAUAAAUAUUCAUUAGUAGAAAAAAAUAAUUGUGAUUUGAGAAUAUAUACUAAUCAUAUAAAUAAUAGUGAUAAGAAUAUGGAAAAUUGUUAUGAUCUUUCUUGUGGUAUGAAAACAUAUGAUAAUAUGAAUAAUAAAAAUGUUGGUAUUGAUACAUAUGUGAAUGAGGGUGCUAAAAUAACAAAUAGAUUAUGGAAUAAUAAUAUAGAUAGAUAUUCUUAUAAAAGUGGAAGGAAUAAAGUGCAUUAUAAUGAAUAUGAUAAGUUGGAAGGUGGAAAUUAUGGUUAUCACCACAAUAAUAUGAUGUACAAGAGAUAUGCUAACAAUAAUAAUAAUAAUUAUGAUGAUGAUAAUGAUAAUAUUAAUAAUGAUGAUAAUAAUAAUAAUGAUAAUAAUAAUAAUGAUAAAAAUAAUAAUGAUAAAAAUAAUAAUGAUAAAAAUAAUAAUAGUAGUAGUCAUUAUAAUAAUUAUCAUCAUAAUAAUUAUUAUCAUCAUAAUAAUUAUCAUCAUCACAAUAAUUAUCACAGUAAUAAUCAUUUUAAUAAUUAUCAUCAUCACAAUAAUUAUCACGGUACCAAUCAUUUUAAUAAUUAUCAUCAUAAUAAUAUGAAUUCAUAUAAUGAGGGAAGAACCAUACCAAAUAAUAGUUAUGGUGGGAAAAAUAGUUACAAUAAUAAUAAUAUGGGAGAACACAUAAAUAAUAUCGAUAUAACAGCUAGCCAGAGGGUUCUAAAGGAUGAUACGAACAAAAACAAUUUAUAUAUGGUUCAUAAUCAACAUAAUUUUGAAGAAUAUAAAAAUUAUAUGAAUACGAAUGUGAUGAGAUAUAACAAUGUUCAUAAGAAAAAAUAUAUCACAGGUACAAAUUAUCAAGUGAGUAAUUAUAAUGAUACCUAUCAUUUUAAUAAUAUGAGAGGAAAACAGUAUUAUUUAAAUAAAUACAAUUAUAAUAAUCAUCAUGAUAUGGUAUAUGCGAAUGGAAAAAAUGUAGAGGUAUACAAACAUAUGAGGGCAAACAAUAAAAUAGAAACAUAUAAUAAUAUGAUAGAUGGUAUGAAUGAUAUAAAUGUGAAUAAUAAUAUACGUGAUAAUAUGCAUAACUAUUCUAAUGAUUCUUAUGUGCAUGCACAAAGUGGAGAUGUGCAAAAGAUAUAUACGAAUGAUGAUAUUCCAAAUGACAAACAUAAUAAUAGUAAUAGUAAUGGUAAUAAUAAUAUGGUAGCAGUUGACAUAAAUGAAGAAAAUAAUAAAAAUAAUAAAGAUAAUAAAAUUGAGGUAAUUAAUAAAUGUGAUGAUAACAAUGAUGAAAAUGACAAAAUGGAUACAAAAAGUGUUGUAAGUUAUAAAAGUUAUGGAAAUAAAAGCGGUAUAAGUGAUAAAUAUUUUAAUAAGCAUAAUAAUGAUAAUAAUUAUAAAUACAAUAACAAUCAUUAUUAUAAUCAAUCUAAUGAUAUGAACAAAAUUACAAAUAAGUAUAUGAAUCACAAUAAUUCCAAUGAUAACUUUAAAGAUAACAACAACAGUAGUAAUGAUAGAAAUAAUUAUCAUAAUAGUGAUAGAAAUAAUUAUUAUUAUCAUAGUCAUAAAAACAGUUAUGACUAUGUUGUGGAGAAUAUUCCAAGUCAAAAUAAAAGAAGACAUCGAAAAUAUAUGCCAACAAAUAAUUAUCAAUUAAAUGAAAAUCAUUCAACAAUUAACAAUAAUAAUAAUAAUAAUAAUAAUAAUAAUAAUGACAAUACUUAUAAAAAAUAUUAUUACAAUAAUAAUUAUAAUAAUAAUAAUUAUUCUUAUUAUUGUAAUGAUGAUAAUUAUUAUAAGCAGACACAUGAAAAAAAUAACCAAGAUUAUCACAAUGAUGAUUUUAAUUUAUCAGUAAAUUAUUAUGAAGAGAAUAUUAAAGAAAAUAAUAAAAGGAAUGACAACAGUGAGCUUUUAAAAAGUGAAGAAAAUAUAAAUGAAGAAAAUAAAGUUGAAAAGGAAGAGAACAAUGAAAAAUUAAUAUGUAAUGAAAAUUUUAUAUGUGAUGAAAAAUUAAUAUGUGAUGAAAAAUUAAUAUGUGAUGAAAAUUUUAUAUGUGAUGAAAAAUUAAUAUGUGAUGAAAAAUUAAUAUGUGAUGAAAAUUUUAUAUGUGAUGAAAAAUUAAUAUGUGAUGAAAAUUUUAUAUGUGAUGAAAAAUUAAUAUGUGAUGAAAAUUUUAUAUGUGAUGAAAAUUUAACGUGUGAUGACCAAAUAGAUGGAGAUAUAAAAAAAAUUCAAGAAAAUGUAAUUCCUUCAAAAGUAGACAAAGAUAUUAAGAGAAGAAAAAAAAAGGAACAUUUUAAUAAUAACUCAUUUUCAAAAGCAGAUAUAUUCAAUAAUUCAUAUAACGUUAAGAACUUGAAUAAUAAUGAUAAUAAAAAUAUGACCACCAUAAGUGAUGAUACAAAUACAGUAAAUGAGAAGAAUGCAAAAAAUAAAAAAAAGAAGAAGAAUUAUCAGAAUAAUGUGGACGUAGUGGUUGAUAGUAUGGAGACAGCACCUAGAGCAAGAGAAGAGAAAUUAAGAAAGAAAUAUUUAAAGGAUAAUAAAAAAAUCUACAAACUGAAAGAUAAUAAUAUUAAAGAUAAUAAUAUUAUUAAUGAGGAUAGACAUUUUGAUGAUAAUUGUAAGGAUGAUAAUAAUUGCGAUGGUAGUAAUUAUGAUGAUAAUAAUAAUAAUAGUAAUAGUAAUAAUAAUGAUAACAAUAAUUAUAAUGAAAAUAAUAAUAAUUAUUAUUAUGAUGAUAGUACGCUUAUUAAGAAAAAUUCAUAUACCUAUAAAGUGAAAGAUCAUUUAUAUUAUAACUACAAUAGAAAUAAUUCUUCAACCAAUAAAUAUGAAUCAAAUUAUAUUGCACAUGAACAUAAUACAUACAACAACAACAAUAAUAAUAAUAAUAAUAAUAAUAAUAAUAAAAAUGAAAAUUAUGCAAAUCCAUAUGAAUAUAAAAAAAACAGUUAUAACAAAAAUAAUAAUUACAACAAUAGAUCUAAUAAUAUGUACGACACAAAUAGUUACAAUAAAGGAUAUAAAAAUUACAAAAAUAAAAACCACAAAACCACACCCACAGAGCAAUACAAAAAAAGUUAA